AUGACAAUCAUCUCUAACGUGAGUUCCCAUCUCUACCUCUUCGUCUUCGGCUCUGCCUCCUGGAGUCGUUUGCGCCUCUGUCUCUUCGUCGUAGCGACUGUGGAUCUUAACAUCACAGCCAUCUCCAACUUGGAGCUUCCUAUUUCAGUUGGACUCUUUCUACAACUAGACUCUUACUUUAGCUGGACUUCUGUUUUAGCUGAGCCUCACUUACUGCAACGUGGUUUUGGAGAUAUUUUCUGCAUAUCCACUCAUUAUGCUGAAUCACCUUUGAGCUGUAAACAUGCUAAGACAUUGGUUCGAUAUCAGUUGCCAAUGGUGGUUAUAGUGUUUAACAAUAGUGGUGUAUAUGGUGGUGACUGGAGGAACCUUGAAGAAAUUACAGGACCUUACAAGGAUGAUCCUGCACCGACUUCUUUUGUUCCUGGUGCUGGAUAUCAUCUUCUACUUGAAGCUUUUGGGGGAAGGGGUUAUCUUGUUGGGACACCUGAUGAACUCAAAUCAGCGCUUUUUGAAGUUUUUCUACACGGAAGACUGUUGUCAUAA